AUGGAGUUUCGCGAGACCUUGUUGGCUGCUCAACGAAAUCAACAAGAAAAGUCAUCUGACAGGACAUUCUACAAGGCCCGUUUUGAUCCACCAAAAAAAGAACAAAAAUGUAGGGAUCGUCUGUCUGCUAAUAUUCAAAAAUUUUUGGCCAAAAAAGAAGAAGAAGAAAGGCAAAAAAAAUUGGAAGCUCAACGAAAAAGGGAGGAACUGAGUGCUAUGCGUGAUCCUAAGGCUUUGAGAAAAAUUCAGAAGACACUUAAAGUUAUUAAAUCAGCUAAUAAAUCAGUGCUAGCUGAUGCAAUGGAUAGAGAACACACUGCAGUAACUAGAGAAGGCCCAGAUCAACCAGACCAGGACGAUUAUGGAUAUGAAUCACAGGAAGCAGCAGCUUUGUAUCAAAAAAUGAUGCAAAAGUAUAGCAAAGUUCCUGAUGAACCAAAGUUUGCACCCGGAGGUAAUUAUGUAAGUAAAGAUAUAAAUGGUACUAGAGAGCGAGUGAAACAUGCUCUACAACAUGAAGAUGAUCCUGUUCCACAUAAGAGAAGACGUAGAACCGAAAAUGGUGAGAGAGAAUUGACGCCGCCCACAAAAUAUGAACCGGAAAGAAAGAAAGAUGAGAAAUCGGAAAAGCCCAAGAUACGGAAACCUGCCCCACCACCAAUGGAUUUCAAUCAAUUAUUGAAACUGGCUGAACAAAAAAAGAGUGAACCAAUAGAAAUAGCUACGAAAAAAGUUGUGGCCGAGCCAGAACCUGAUAGGCUGAUGACAAAGAAGCAAAAACGGGAGUAUGAAGAAGAAAUGGCGCGUCGACAGCGGAGGCAAGAAAGGAUUGAAGCGGCCAAAGCAGGCCGGAAAGUUCCUAGAGAAGAGAAAUCAGAUAAGCCAGACAAAGAAAAAAGAGUAGAACCAUCCAGCUUUGGUCGUAUUCCAAAACUCACGGAUAAGAACUCAUACAAAGAGUUUACUAAGAGUGAUUCACCUAAAACUUAUGAAAGAGAGAAAGACAGAAGCACACAAGAUAGGGAUAGAGAAAGAUUGCAGAGAGAGAAAGAGAGGAUGCGUCUUGACAAAGAAAGAUUCGAUAGAGAAAAAGAGAGAUACGACAGGGAGAAAGAAAGAUACGACAGAGAAAAAGAGAGAUUUGACAAAGAGAAAGAGAAAUCGCGAUUAGAAAAAGAGAAACAUGAGAAAGAGAAAUAUGAACGAGAGAAAGAGAAAUCUGAACGAGAGAAAGAGAGACUAGACAGAGAAAGACUCGAUAAAUUAAAAGCAGAAAGAGACAGAAUAGAUCGGGAAAUGGAGAGACUGAACAGAGAUAGGGAAAGAUUAGAUAAAACGAAAAUAAAACUAGAAAAUAAGUCGUCAGAUAGAAUGAGAGAAAAAAUCGUAGACAGAUCUAAAACGGGCUCGAAGGACCGCGAAGUAAAGAAGAGCAUAGAUUUAAAGAGUCAAAACACAUAUAGAAUAGAUAAGAAUUCUAAUGAAAAGAAACUAAUACCCCAAAAGUCGAUCGACCCAAAAAUGAACGGUCAUAGCAAACCAGUGCCAAAAUUAAAUAAAGACACCAAGGAGGUUACAAAGAAACCUAUAGAGAAUUCCAAAUUAAAUGGUAAUAUUAAGGAUAAACGGUUGUUGGAGUCUAAAUUGCAACAAAAGAGAGCAGACGAUAAGCGGCCAUUACAGAAACCAUCAGCGGGCCCGAGUAAACCAGUUAUGUCUAAUAGUUUUGAUUUCGACAAACAUGUCAAUUCUUUAGGCAAGAAUGGUUCAAAGCAAUACCCGCCCGGGGAUGUGAAAAGAAGAGCGCAAGAUGAUAGGAGAAACAAGAAACGUCGCCCGUUGGAUUCAGAUUCGGAAUACGACUCGGAAAUGGACGACUUUAUCGACGACGCCGAUGAAAAUUUGGAUUACUCGAGACAUAUUAAGGAGAUAUUUGGAUAUGAUAAGUCUAAAUACCGGGACAUGGAUGACGACGACGAUCCCAUGAUGGAGUCGAGCUUCGCGCGGCAACAGAGGGAGGAGUAUAUCAGCAAAAAAAUAGGUAUCAUGGAAGAUUUGGAAGAUAUGAGAAUGGAAGCUAUGCAGAAAAGUAAAAAUAAGAAACGGCGACGGCUAAGUGACGAC